CACCGUCGAGACCAGAUGUGUUUACCUCUUGCAUUUUCGGAUCAAUCCUGCAUCUAGACGACCGGUAAAGUAGUCGAUCGGUGUUGAGUUUUUAUUGUGAUUCGGUGACAGUGCGUCGUUCAGACAUGGAGCCCGAAGAGGGAAAUUCGUCCGAGGGUAUGAGUACGGUGAAAAGAAAGAAAUCCGUGUUUCUCGGCCGUUACGGAAGUGAGUCGUUUGGUGCGAAUCAAGCGACGUCGCAGAUCGCGCGUUCCCUGUCUGACAUCAACGACCUGUUGCAUUCUCUAAUGUCCAAAACCGAUUCGAUGUGUCAUGAGAUAAUAAUAAUCCGAGAAGAGACUUCUCACCUGAAAGAGCAAUUCGAAGAGAUGAAAAAUAAGAUCGUGUACAGGGAAGAACUCCUUCAAAAGAUUGUCAAGACCGUUGGAUCAGAAAAAUUAGAAAAAUUGGAAAAUGACGAAAAAAAUAAACCUAUAGAUAGAGAAGGUGACAAUAAACCGGAUGUCGAUUCCUCCGAGGAUAAAAAAGAACCGGUCCUACUUGAAGACGCAAAAAUCAAAAUUUUCCUACACCCCGCCAACCCCGUCCGUUCAAGCGAUAACGAAGAUGGUGUACAGUCGGAGAAAUCCUUCGACGAUCAAUCUGACUCGUCAUACCGAUCCAGAUCCCCGGAUAUGUACGAAGAGGAUCUUCUGCAGUUAGAAAAAGAGAGUAAGUUGAGUUGGAAACAGCUGGGACCGGGCGGACCCCUCCUUCUAUCGUUCGAUAAAAGAAAUAGCGAGUCGGAAGACACCUGGUCAGACCGCAGCUCAGAUAUAACUCGACUGUCGGAAAUUUUCGACAACACGUGCUUACAUGUUGAGGACAAUGAGAAAAUAAAAUGUGACAUUCAAUACAAUACAAAAAUUAGCACUACCAGCCCACUCUGUGAUAUAAAAGAACAACACUUAACUUGGGAAGGGAAAAUCGAUAAGGAGGCCAACUUAUCCCAAGAUAAACCUUAUCUUAAAACCUUAACCGGUAAGAUUAAGGAUGUUGGGUCUGAAAGGGACUGCAAAUAUCCCAUUCCGAGAAUGCUGGUUAAAAGGGUCGAAGAUAUCGUUGAGAAGAGGCAAACCGAAACUAAACAAGAUUUGACUAAGGAGUUAAAAAAUCAAAAACGCAUUAAGCUACCAAGAACUCACAGUCUUAUCCAGAGAUCGUCGACCGAUCUGUCAAAUCACGGUGUUUCAUAUCAAAAAUUAGAUUCGAGUAAAAUUCUCGCGAACCGUCUCGGGAUCAGCACGGAAUUCGAGAAGGUGAAAAAGCUGUCUGACUCCUGUCUGGCCGAUUCUUCGAUUUACAAUAAACACCUGUCCGAUGUAAGUAAAUACGACGAGAGGCGACAGUCGGAGCCGAAUCUGUCUCAAGCUGUCCUCAGAAAGCCACCGGGGAGACGGGGUAGACUUCAAGAACAACGCCUUUCCGUUAACCUUUCUCAUGGUUUUGAUGUACGAAAUACAAAAGUGGAUAAAUCACAACUUCUAGCCAAAAAAUUAGGCAUUGAAAGGGAGUUCGAACACGUACAGAGAACAUUAUCACAAUGCAAUUUGACCGAUGGCAAACUUUACAACAAGCGUUUGUCCCAUCUGACGAAAGACGGUUUCACAAGGCAAUCCGCGCCCGAUUUGACGGAAUCUCUGAAAGUCGAGGGCUGGAAUCAAAUGAGUCAAUCGAUGAAUCUGACAAUGAAAUCUAACUAUUUGAUCAAAGGUAAAAAUUCGUCAGAGUCUGAUUUAAUUGGAAAUGAAGUUAACAAAAGCGAAGAAAAAAGAAAAUCAACAAAUCUGUCCAUGCACGGUGUAACCGGCUAUAUACCUGAAAAAGAAGAUCGCUUCACGAGUCUUGCAUUUAAACUUGGCCUCGGGCAAGAAUUCACCAAGGUGCAGAGACAACUCUCCGAACCAAAUUUGACGGAGAUAAAAAAUUACAGAAGGACCUGUUCGACGCAAAAGCAGCUCACGGUGCCGGAGAAAAGCCGACGGCCCUUGUCCGCCGAUUUGUCAAAUUACGAGCCGAAACGAUACGAAGCCAUUGUCAAAAACGAAGAAGAAAACCGUGCCGUUGAGGAAAAGCAGUCCGCACCGGCCGAGCACAACAGCACAGAGCCUGAACAAGGCAAAGAGAAUUUAAAACGGAAAAGAAAAAUAUCGAAAAACAUAGCUGCCCAAAUCGCCAAUUUUAUCAAAGGAUAUGAAAAGAGCAAAAAAUCGGAAAAGCUCCAGAGGAGUAGUGUUUCGUCCAUGCCAGGCAGCAUGCGUCGAAAGCAGCAGACCUCAUCAUCUGACGAAACACUGAAAAAAGCAGCAGACCAGCUCGGGAUCGACUUACAACUUGACAAAAUGAAACGAAUUCCUUUGAGGAAAGACACGGAUGGAGAAAGCGGGAGUAGGGAAAGCCUGGUGGAGCGAAAGAUGCAGCCCAGUCCACCCAUCAAAACUACCACCUAUAAGGUGGAAUCAUCGGACACACUGACCUCAGUAGCGGCAAGGUUUGACACAACCCCGUCAGAGCUUGCCAAGUUGAACAGGCUCGCUUCGAGAACAGUUUUCCCAGGCCAGGUGAUACGCGUGCCGGACAAAUCGGCCAAGAAGGCAAAACAGGAAGGCGAAGAUGGUGGAGAUCACGCUUCGCAGACGGCAAGCACAGAGAGGAGCGACAACACAGAUGAAGAGGAUAUACUGGAGACAUUGCGGGUCAAUUCUCCAAAGCCAGGGCAUGUUGAGAGGGUGGGAACACCUUCAUCGCCCCAUUUGGAAAAAUUCUUGAGAAUAAAUGUCAGGCAUAUUACUGACGGUCAAGGAGUAGUCAGUGGAACACUUAUAGUCACGCCAAAUGCCCUUAUGUUUGAUCCAAAUGUUUCCGAUCCUCUUGUGAUUGAAAGAGGGCCCGAAUCUUACGGAGUGAUUGCCCCCAUGGAUUAUGUAGUUAACGCAGCAAUCUAUAAUGAUAUAGCUCAUAUGAGAGUGGGCCACACAGAAAACAAAAAUGUACCCAAACCUGAGGUUUACCACAUGAAGAGUGAAGAGUCCGAAGGUGAGGGUGAUGUCAGUUGCCUCCUCUCGACCAAUCAGGGUGACAGUAGAGAUCUUUCUGCAAAAGAAACCCUGCCAGAUCUUAGAUCAUCGACUGAAGAAGAUGAUACUUGCUGGUACAGUGGUGCUCAAAGAGAUGGAGAUGCUUUCCCAAAGGCAUUUGAGCGAGACCUAGUCACACCGACUAAUAGUACGAUUGAUAAGCUUAGUGAUAAUCAGGAUACAACAGCUGAAGAUAAGAGUCCGAUUGAAGAUGAUAGAGUCGAUGCCGAAGCUUUAAUCAGGGCAACCGAGGAAAGAAGAAAGUCAUGUUUAGACCACCAUUGGGCAGUUCCUAAACAUUCGAUAGAUAACUCAUUAGAAAGAGAGGAAUCGCUCCAAGAAGUGGAACACGAAGCUGGAAACGAACCAGGAGGUUUAGCCGAUGAGGGCAGAAGAGGUAGUGAAGGUCAUUUAGUUAAGUUGUCGUGUCAUGACUCAGGGAUAGAUAUAAGAGACCCUCCACCUUCAGCCCCAGUGCAGAGGAAAACGGUUUACUCGGACGCUGACAUCCUACUUGCAGGAGACGGUGAGUUUCUGCCUCCAAAACUGGUGCAGCCGCUCGAGUCGAACGUCGAGGACGACAAGAAGAAACAAUCAGUAUCAUUUAGUAUAGAAGAAGAGGCGAAAAAGGAUGAGGAAAAGCAAGAACCUAAAAAGAGCAAGAUGCUUAAAAGACUGUCUUAUCCUCUUUCCUGGGUGGAAGGUUUUACCGGCAGUGAUGAAAAGGAUUCCCUGCCGUCCUCAGCCGACUCACACCCAUCACACACGCCUUCUUCGGUUUUCAGCAUAUCUAAAGUUUUCUCAAGUUCACCGAUUAACAUGGUGACGGAUUUUGGAUCCGGCCUUUUCAUGAAGACGCCGAGCGAAGAUGGUGGAAAGUUCCAAUUCCCGCCCAACGAUUCUCAGCCCAUUUCUGCUCCUUCUUCCGCCCCAACUUUCUCACCAUCCAACAUCAUCAGCUCUGUAGGGCGAUCCUCAGUUGGGACAUACAUGAAGCCAAAAUUGGAUUACCGAAGCAUGGUUUCGGUUGAAGACAUGCCCGAACUUUUUGUAUCUUUCGAUAAAUUGAUUCCGAGGCCGGCUAGGUCUUGUGAGGAUCCUCCAUUAUACUUGAGACUGAGGAUGGGAAAGCCAAAGGACAAAAAAAUCCCGAAGAGUUCAGCGAUAAUGUCCUACGGGAAGAAACGCAUGAGGCCUGAGUACUGGUUCAGCGUACCAAGAGAGAAAGUUGAUGAGCUGUACAAGUUCUUGACAACAUGGGCAGGGCAUUUGUAUGGCGAACUGGACGAGGAAGAGGUUGCGGCCAGGGGUUUCGAGCUUGUUGACUCAGACACCGAGUUAUUCGAGCCUGAUGAUACCAACGGAGGAGAGCGUCGAGCGAGCGAUGCCGAUUUGGCGAACCUCACCAAAGAAAGCUGGGAGGUCUUGUCUAUGAGCGGCGAACUGAGACGAGCAUUGUAUGCGACAAGCGUUGCAUCGCUCGACUUGGAGCUCUUCCUGCCCGACCUUGUCGGAACGACGGAAAUCCUCUCCGAGGACCACAGGAAACAACUAUGUAGACAUCUGCCAGCGAGAGCCGAAGGCUAUGUAUGGACCCUGGUGUUCAGCACAUCGCAGCAUGGAUUUUCCCUUAAUUCUAUGUACAGGAAGAUGACAAGGGUAGAAAGCCCAAUCCUCAUGGUCAUCCAAGAUACAGACAAUAACGUAUUCGGAGCUUUGACAUCAUGCUCCUUGAAAGUAAGCGACCAUUUUUACGGAACCGGUGAGAGUUUACUUUUCCGAUUCUCACCCGAGUGCCAGGUGUACAACUGGACAGGCGACAACAUGUUUUUCAUCAAGGGAAACAAUGAAUCGUUAUCGAUCGGUGCUGGAGACGGGAAAUUCGGUCUCUGGCUUGACGGCGACCUCUACCAGGGCAGGAGCGAGCCCUGCGCGACGUACGGGAACGAGCCGCUAUCGCCUCAACAAGACUUUGUAGUAAAGACCCUCGAGUGCUGGGCGUUUGUCUGAUCUGUCAAUUAGUCAUCUCCUGCACGCACGUCGACUUUCCCCUCAGAGAAAAAUCCCCACUGCUCCCCUCUUCUCACCUCUCCCAAGAGUCAACAAAAGAGAUGCGGUGAUGUCUCUCUCCCUCACUUCUAUUAUAACUCGAACACAGGGACUCCUAGAAACCUUUCUAUCAGAACAGGAAAUAACCAGUAGUCCUUAGCUCUAGCACUUUAGAAAUGAGUCAAUUCAUUAUUUAAUAUACAUAUACAUUAUACAUAUAAGUAUAUAUAUUUACAAUAUUAUAAAUAUAUAUAUGGUAUAUGACAAAUUUGGUAACACUGAUUGUUGUACGCAUAGAAAUUGUAUAUUUUUGUUAGUUUGAGUGUUAAAAAUGAAAUACUAAAACUAUGUAAUAAUAAUAAUUGUAAUCAUUAUAAUAAUUAAUAUUAAUAUAGGUGAACCGUGGUUCAUGUUUCCGUGUGCUAGUUUUAUGCAUACAAAAUGUAUACAAAGAGAUGUAUAUUUGUAUUUAUUUUGGUUAAUCGAUGAUAAAUUUAUUACUGGAAUAGUAGAGGCAUUGGAAAAUUCCUUUUAACCCCGUUUUGAAAUAGUUUCUCAUUAUCAAAAAGCAAAAUUUUACUUUAAAUCAUGCCUACAGUUACCUGACCAAUUGAGAUAGUCGAAAUCUUGAAUCUUGUAUAGUCUAAGUAAAAUCAAGGGCCUUAUGAACGGUUCCUUUGAAAAAAAAAAAAAAAAAAAAAAA